AUGGCUAUUUCCAAACCGUUUGUUAAUGCUAGAGAGCCAACAAAAGAUGAAAAGAUCAUGCUUUAUAUAAUGGCGUUGAUCGCCCCUCCAUGUCCUUUUUUCGUUUUGACUGGUCCAAACUAUACGUGCCGUACAUGGGAGUUCUUCGUGUCUGUGAUGUUGCAAUUGGCCUGUGUGGCUGCUAUAGUCGUUGGCAGGGGAUUCAAUAUCAUCUGGCUACUCGUCCAGGCUGUUUCUUAUGUUUACUCCUUUAGGUUUGUUCAUAGUGGGUUCCAGAAGGGACGCAGUCUCUCCACCGGAUACAUGGAGAGUGAACAAUCGGUGUAA